AUGGAUUCGCCGUUUUUUGCCGAAAGACUCCAUAUGAGGGUAUGGUUUCAAAAUCGCCGAGCUAAAUGGCGACGACAGGAGAGAUUCGAAAUCAGCCCAUUGGACGAACUUCCUGCAUUGUCACAGAACUCGGCAUUUUCUUCAGUUGAUUCAUGGAACAUGUUCAGCGGUGCUCCAAAACACACCGAAUACGAGAUGGCUUCUUCGGAGCCCGUCUUUAAUCAAAGUUCGAUACCGCUUCAAAAGACUCCAACCAUGAAUCCCUUUUCUGUGAUGCCACCCACGAACCCGACGUUCGAAAACCCACCAAACUUUCCGUACCUGUGCUCUUUUACGGAAGCCAACUCGGGUGCGAUUCCAUUCGGUUCUUCGUACCAGUUCACUUAUCAAUAUCCGCUGUUGUUUCAAGAAGGGGCGUAUCUCCGCAGUAUUCCGCCGAAUUACCAAAACAUCCACAGCUGA